AUGGGAUCCCAGCGGACAGUGGCACUGCUCGUGGCCGGAGUGCUGUUCGCUCUCUGCGGACACUGCAGAGCCAGUUGUCCCGAGAGGAACCUGGAGGACCGGGAGGAUGAGGCCAACAUCGUUUUGACAGGGACCGUGGACGAGAUAAUCAACGUGGACCCGGUACACAACACGUACUCAUGCAAGGUCAGAGUGUGGCGUUAUCUGAAAGGCAAAACCAGCGUGGGCCGUGAAAUCCUGUUGGACGGAGGCAACAAGGUGAUGAUCGGCGGCUUUGGUAACCCCGGCAUCUGUGACAACCAGGUGUCCACUGGAGACACGCGCAUCUUCUUCCUGAACCCGGCCCCGGAGUACAUGGGCCCCGAGCACAAGACCGAACUCAUGCUCAACUCCAGCCUGAUGAGGAUUACGCUGCGCAACCUGGAGGACGUGGAGCACUGCGUGGAAGAAGGCACUGGGACAAGACUGUACCUGCCGCUCGCUCAGUACCCUCCUCUGCUCGCCCCUCAUUCCUGA